GACAUUAAUGCAAGACUCAAGAUCGCAAGUGUCAUCGUCAUCAUCAGGCGUGUCCUUCGAGGUGUCAUGGCGGCUGGCUGUUUACACCUGGGACGCGCCACUUAUCUUUGCAGGAUUUAGCAGUGGUGAAGGAAAAUGUCCAACAUCCACCUGGGGCUGCCGUACCCUGGGGGUGUUGUUGACCACUCCAGUAACCUGGCCAAUGACAUUGGUGUGCUGUACCUCAAUGAUGAGUACAGUGAUGUCACCCUGCAGGUCAACGGGCAGGCCUUCCACGCACACAAAGUCAUCCUGGCCGCUCGCAGUCAGUACUUUCGAGCCUUGCUGUUUGGAGGUCUUCGGGAGAGUCACCAAGCUGUUGUGGAGAUAAAGGACACUAACCUGACUGCCUUCAAGGUCCUGCUAAGGUACAUUUACACCGGCUGGGUCAGUCUAGGCUCAGAAAAGGAGGAGACGGUCCUUGAGAUACUUGGCCUUGCUCACCAGUAUGGCUUUGAGGACCUGGAGGCAGCCAUCUGUGACUACCUGAAGGAUGCCCUGUGUAUCCCCAACGUGUGUGUCAUUUACGAUAUGGCGACACUCUAUUCCCUCUGCAACCUGAAGGCUGUGUGUGAGGACUUCAUGGAUAAGAAUGCACUUCCAAUCCUCAACCAUGAGUCCUUCUACUCCCUCUCUCCUUCAGCCCUGAAGGCCAUCAUCAGCCGCGACUCCUUCUGUGCCCCUGAGGUCCACAUCUUCCAGGGUGUGUAUGAGUGGGUGGAGCGCAGCACAGACCUCUCCCCAGAGCAGACCCAGGAAAUACUCUCCCAGAUCAGGCUGCCCCUCAUCAGCCUCUCGGACCUCCUUAAUGUUGUCAGACCUACAGGCCUCAUCUCCCCUGACCAGAUCCUUGAUGCCAUUAAGGCCAAGAAUGAGUCGAGGGACAUGGACCUUCAGUACCGUGGCUACCUCAUGCCUGGGGAGAAUGUGGCAGUGCAGAGCAAGGGAGCACAAGUACUUCAAGGGGAGAUGCGGGCCAAUCUCCUGGAUGGCAACGUCUCCACCUAUGACAUGGACCGAGGCUUCACCCGGCACCCCAUCGACGACAAUAAUGGGCAGGGAAUCCUAGUGAAGCUGGGGAUGCAGUGUAUCAUCAACCACAUGAGGAUGAUGCUGUGGGACAAAGACCAACGUAGGGGUUACUCCUAUUACAUCGAAGUGUCCAUGGACCAGAAGGAUUGGGUGAGGGUUGUGGACCACACGCGGUACCACUGUCGGUCGUGGCAGUACCUCUACUUCCCAGCGCGUGUAGUGCGGUACAUACGCAUUGUGGGGACCAACAACACUGUCAACAGGGUGUUCCAUGUGGUGGCCUUUGAGGCGUACUACUCCAAGCAGGAAGUGGAGCUGCACAAGGGACUCAUAAUUCCACGGGAGAACGUGGCGCUGGUGACCAAGAGUGCACUGGUGCUGGAGGGAGUGAGUCGUUCGCGCAACAACCUCCUCAAUGGGGACAUCCACCACUACGACUGGGACUCUGGCUACACCUGCCACCAGCUGGGCUCUGGUUCCAUCUGUGUGCAGCUGGGACAGGCCUACUGGCUCUCCUCCUGCAAAUUGUUGCUAUGGGACUGUGAUGACCGUUCCUACAGUUACUACAUCGAGGCCUCUGUGAACAACAGGGACUGGGAGCUCAUAGUGGAUAAGACGCGAGAGGCAUGUCGGUCCUGGCAGACUCUCACCUUUGCUCCAAGAGCAAUUGUUUACUUCAAGAUUGUUGGAACAUUCAACACAGCUAAUGAGGUUUUCCACUGCGUCCACUUUGAGGCACCAGCACAAGUUGGGUCAGAAAACCGGCCCCGUGUGAAAGGCUUUGACCAUGCAGUUGCUCCUGUGCGGCCCCAUCCCUCUGGAGGCAGCAUCGAGGAUGGAAGAGGUUCUCCUGCAGGUGCUGAGGCUGUGGUGGUGGAUUCCAACCUUGUUGCUCUGGAGGCAGGACCUGUAAGAGAGAGACUAGGUAGCACUGCCAGAUCUGACCACUCAGAGGAAAGCAGGAUGAGGGAGGAGGGAGCAGUAGUGAGAGUAAGGGAAGAAGGAGCUGUAGGGAGAGUCUGUGAGGAGGGAAGCAUGGGGAGGGUGAGAGAAGAUGUGGGUGUUGGGGCCAGAAGAAGAGAAGAGAGGGAUGUGAGGACAAGGGCACGGGAGGAAAAUCGUGCAGGGAGGAGGAGGGAGGACAUAGGAGCAGGGGAGAGAGCAAAAGAACAGUGCCCACGACCACAGACACCACUGCCUGAAGUGGUUGUGGUUCCCGAGCCCAAAGCAAGGCAUCCUCGACAUCACUGUCUACAAGAUGACUCUGAUGAUGACGAGGAAGAAGAAAGCAAAGACAAGUAAUGCUUAAUGUGACACUUGGUUAAUGGCAACCUGGCAGUAGCAGCAGGAAGUGUAGGGUUAACUUUUUCAUCACCUCAAAAAGAUGACAAUGUGGUACAAAGUCAAAAUUAUGACUGUAGGUUGUUGCCUAGGGAAGGCUCUGAACAGUGCAGGUCUGUCUGGGCAGGAGCAUGUGUGGCCAUCAUGAGUCUGGUACUACUAGUGGCUGCAGUCAUGCUCUGACCAUUGUUGCUUCAUCCCAAAAUAUUAGUAACAUGACACUUCAAUCAUUAAGUUUGAUAUUCUGGCACACAGUGUCUUAAUGCCAUGAAAUUUAAAUUCAGAGGUUUGUGGACCUUAACGAUAUGACUGACAGCACAUGCAGUUUGAAAUCAUGUACUUUAUAUUGAUGUAAAGAUAUGCAAAAUGUAUAAUUUUGUACCCUUGAAACUAAUGAAAUUAAUAAGACUGCCUUAGUUCAGUCUAUGGGUCUGUGGCCACAGGUGGCUAAACUGUAAAGUUUGAGGCUGUGUUCUGUGAAUAUGAAAUGUCACUGACGUCAUAUUCCUGUAGAUAAGUAAAUUAAGUAAAUUAUGAAUUUUAUGGUAUAGCUUCUAAAACAUUCUGAAAUGAUUAUUGAGUAUGCAUCUUAAAGUAAUGAAUGCUGCAACGAAAUGCAAGAAUUUAUUUAAGGCAGGUGUGAAUAGAUACCAAAAAGUGAGCAUUCUGUGAUAAUCAUGCCAUCUACACAAAUGAGGCUAAGCUAUCAAAGGAAAUAAAAGAAAAGUUGGUGAAAAUGGAAGUAAUUAUAGAAUUUGUAAUUCUCUUGAGGUAUUAGUGUGCAGGAAUGGCUGUGGUGUAAGAGGUCAUGAACUGGAGUGAAAUAUGUGAUCUGUUAGUGACCAGCCUAAUUGUUCCUGUCAUUCAGUCCCCUGCUGGUGCAAGUCAGCUCCUGCCGACUCUUAGCACCCCUCACCCCCUCACCUGAGCCUCUGCAUCCUCUACCCUGCUGAUGCUCCUCACUGGUGUCUUACAUUUUAAUACUCACAGUUAUGCAUGUUUACUUUUGUUUGUGGUGGUAGCUAUUGCAGCCAGUGAGCAGGGCAGGACUGUCAGGCAGGACUGAGGGUAAUGAGGAGGGAGAGGUGCGUGUCAGCAUGUUUGGCUCUGGGUCAGUCAACUAGGUGUCACAAAGCGAUGUAUACCUUACUGGUGAUCAGAAAAAAUGGAGCUUAACUCUAUUCGUCAUAUUCAAACUUUCCUACAGGCAAGAGAUAUAUUUUAUGGGACAUGUUUUCAUUCUUUGUUGGUUUUUACAUCAAGAGAGGAUCAUCCUGCCACUUGUAGUUGUAACGUGGUUAUGAUUCACAGCAUGACCCUUCGUAACACUAGUCUCUCAACCUGCUUCUGGUACGCCUUCUUUGAUUUUUUUUUCUGUGCCAAAUAAGAGUUUUUUCCCCUUGUAAAAAGCGCAUAUAUUAAUUAUUGUAUAGUUGAGUUGUUGCACAGUUAUUCGUUAUAUAGAAAAGUUCUAAUUUAUUUCCGUAACUUCCUGUACCUGGCCUAGUUUUUAAGUAGUGCUUUUUUUUUUCUCUAAUGUUCAUUUGUAUAAAGUUCACACAUUAUCAAGUUAUAAUAAAGUUAGCAUCAUCACCUUUCUCAAAGAGUGGAGUGUGUGCCGCCCAGCACUCCUCUACCACUACCUCUGGCAUAUUCCUUGGUUUUCUAAAUAAAUACCUUAUUAAUAUGCAACAAUAAAAUGUAUAAGGCAUUUC